AUGGCCCUCCUCCGCUUCCCCCGACCAAGAACCUUCCUCCACCUCAUCUCCCUCCGUACCGCCACCGAAUUCAUCACCUUCACCCUCGCCCUCAACAAAAUCACCGGCCUCUACGGCAUCCUCGCCCUCUUUACGGGAUACCACCUCAACCCCUUGCAACUAAGCCACUACAUCUACUCCCUCCUCGUGCUAGCUCUGAUAAUCUACCUCUCCCCCGCCAUACGAGCGCCACGGGAUGCGCCAGUGGGGAGUACGAUCAAGAUUCUGGGACUGGCGUGGUUGUAUGUUCUUGAUACGGUGGUGAAUAGCGUUUACACCACCCUCUUCGGCCUGGGAUGGUUCGUGUUGCUUGCGCAGCAUCUGGGUGAGAAGAACCCUGUCCCUGGAGCCGAGGGGAUAGUAGGAGGGAUCAUGAACGAUACGGCUGGUUUCACUUCUCCCGAACACACAGUCAGUCAAGUGGACGUCGUAGCCAUCCCCGCCGCACCUGGCGCUGUAUCCGGACAAGAAGCCACUAUCGUUGCCUCCGGAGGCUCGCUCUCAGGCGUGGUGCUGGAGCAGGGCAGUCUAUCAAGCAUCUUCAUCAUCGCCCUCCUCUGGCUCGUACGCCUCUACUUCUGCAUCGUCAUCCUCUCCUACGCCCGCAGUACCCUCCGCGCUCACAUCGCCGCCUCCUCAGCCGCCACGGGCACAUACACCUCCACUUCCUCCACGGAUCCAAAUAUAGCCGACUCCCCCUUCCGCCGCGGUCGUACGGAAGGUGAGGGUUGGUUCGGCGCUUUGGGGAGGACAAUGCUCAAGUUUCCGAGUACACGGUAUUGGCUCGGUAAGGAUGAGAGCGAGGAUGAGUGGGCGCGAUCAGUGGAGUCCCGGGUUGAGAGGGCGAGGGGUUUGAGGAUUAAAGUUCCGGGUGGGAAUGGGAAUGGAGUUGGGGAGAGGGAGAGGAGGGCUCGGAGUGGGACGGGGCCGCCGGUGCCGUUGGGGCCGAUGGGGGUGGGAAAGGGGAAGGUUGAGCAGUAG